CCCUACGUUCUCUCUUUAACACGUAUAUAGCAUUCACCACCCGAUUCUGUGUUCGUUUUGGUAGAGAAAAAUAGCGGAAUGACGACGAUGGCGGAAUUGACGACGACGAAGCCCAGCCGGAGCGACGAGAUUUUGGAUACGGAAGAGCAAUUGAGGAUCUCUUAUGAGAUCAAAGCCCAUUUCGAUGCCUUGCAACCCGACCGACCCAUCAAACCCAACAGAAGCGAACCCGGAUCGCCACGCGCCGUUAACCACUCCCUCUCUAAGAACGAUAUUCCGGAGCUUCAUAAAUUUCAAUCUCUUCAAUCUAGCUCUCAUGAUAUAAUUUCAACAGAGGGGGUGGUGAACGCACAGGAUGAGUUUGUGGAGACGAAGUACUAUAACGAAUUGGCGUCCAUUGACAAACAGCAUCACACGACGGGGAGUGGAUUCAUAAAGGUUGUAGCAGAAGGUGAGGAAAGUGGGUAUAAGAUUGCGUUACCCGGUAGCCAUGUUAAUGCAGUUGAAACAGAAAUCCAACCCAGAGGAUAUAAAAGCAACCCUGCCACCAACGACUGGGUUCCUAGCAGUGAUGAUUAUCAGGUUUUCGUCUCCUCAAAGCCAAAUAGAAGCGAGUGCUCUUGAUCUGCUAUUGCUAGAGUUAUGCUGACUUGUUGGGGAAGAAUAUACUAAUUAGGAGAAAUCGAAGUCAAGGAGCUAUUAAAUUGGUAAUCGUUGGAUGAAACCAAAGUCAUAAAGUUCACUUUAUUUGACAAUCAUUGGUUGAGAAUAUACUCGUCGUUAGACAAGAUUAAGGUCAGAUAACUAUUGACUUAGUGGUUGUAGAGAGAGAAAAUUCUCGUUGAGCGAAACCAAAGUUAGAGAGCUCACUAAAUUGAAAAUCGUUAAGCGAAUAAACUCGUUAAAUGAAGACAAAGUCAUAGUGCUACUAAAAUAUUGGUCGUUGAGCGAGACCAAAGUCAAAGGGCUCAUUGAGUUGAUAAGGAUUAGACCAUACAAGUAUCGCCUGACGAAUUUUUGUGAUAAUUUAAGCUUGUGAGUUCCAAUGAUAAUCUCACUCUGCCAGUUAUCUGGUCAAUGGGUGAUUAUGCUUUUAGGCACUACUCAUUUAGUGAACAAAUAGUCUUG